CCUGUUUUUAUAAUACAAUUUCUAAUUUAUUUACGAUAAACGUGCAACCAAGAAAACACGUACUUGGUAUAUUUUUGAAUAUAAGGGAUAUUUGUUAAUAUUUUGAAGAAGAAUAUUUUUUCCUUGCAAACAAUCCAAUUAACCCUGAAGCAAAAAUGAAGUCAAGAUCAGAAUCUGCGAAAAUUGGUUCGUCGGCUAAAUCUCCAAAUAAAUUAUCGAAAGAAAGCACUAAGCAAACUACGGCAAAACGAAAAGCUUCAACAUUCAAAGAAAAGUUAAGUGUAGGUCGAUUGACAAAGAAGCAGAAGACUUAUAAAAACAAUCUUCGUGCUUCUUCUAAAAGAAAGAUUCCGAGAAAUAAACUUACAGAGGCUUUAGAAAUGUUAAGAAAUUCCGAUCAUGAAAUUUGGAAAGAUGAAAAUAUUUCAUGUAAUCCGUCCAUACAUCGAUGCUAUGAAACUAAUCCAGCCAUGACGAGCACAUAUGUGAAGCUGCAAUACGCUCGGCAAUGUCUAUUAAGACGAGAUUGGGAAAAUUUAAUCAAGAUUUUGACUAUAUCUACGGUGGACGAAAAAGAAAGUCGUUACUACCCACUAUUUGUAAAGUAUGCUGCUUUAUGUUUGGCCCAUAUCGAUUCGGAGCGAUUUAAUUCAUUUACAACACUUAUUACAGACAGCGAGCCGGAAAAAAUAAUUAAAAAAUGCACGGAACUCGAUCCAAAGAUUGAAACAUAAAUACCUCACCUUUAUAAUAAAGACAUUCAUCGAGUUAAAGCUCAGAUUUAUUUGUAAUAAUUAUUAUUUUAAUAUUUUAUUAAAGAAAAUACGAAGAUUCAUAGAUAAAGCAGGAUUAUUUCUUGUUUGUUCUUGCCAUUGUGAUCU